AUCUCUCCAGAAGGCAUCAGACCUUGGGAGGAGCGCCUUACUCCAUCCAUGUGACCCUCUGGUCCCCUCAGAUUGCUGAAGUCAUGGACUGGCCAAGACAGUGGUGACUCUCCCCCCAAUACAGCAUGGAUGACUGGAAGUCCGGUCCCCUCCUUAAGCCCUUUGGGGCUAGGAAGAAGCGGAGCUGGUAUCUUACCUGGAAGUAUAAACUGACAAACCAGAGGGCCCUGCGGAGAUUCUGUCAGACAGGAGCUGUGCUCUUCCUGCUGGUGACUGUCAUUGUCAACAUCAAGUUGAUCCUGGAUACUCGGCGAGCCAUCAGUGAAGCCAAUGAAGAUUUGGAGCCAGAGCAGGAUUAUGAUGAGGCCCUGGGUCGCUUGGAGUCCCCACGGCGCAGAGGCAGCAGUCCCCAGCGGGUCCUGGAUGUGGAGGUGUACUCCAGCCGCAGCAAAGUGUAUGUGGCAGUGGAUGGCACCACGGUGCUUGAGGAUGAAGCCCGGGAGCAGGGCCGUGGUAUCCAUGUCAUCGUCCUCAACCAGGCCACGGGCCAUGUGAUGGCAAAGCGCGUAUUUGACACAUACUCUCCUCACGAGGAUGAGGCCAUGGUGCUGUUUCUCAACAUGGUGGCGCCGGGCCGGGUGCUUAUCUGCACUGUCAAGGAUGAAGGCUCCUUCCACCUCAAAGACACGGCCAAGGCGCUACUGAGGAGCCUGGGCAGCCAGGCUGGCCCUGCCCUUGGUUGGAGGGAUACCUGGGCCUUCGUGGGACGAAAAGGAGGUCCUGUUCUUGGGGAGAAACAUUCUAAGUCGCCUGCCCUCUCCUCCUGGGGAGAGCCGGUCCUGCUCAAAACUGAUGUACCCCUGAGCUCAGCUGAAGAGGCAGAGUGCCACUGGGCAGACACAGAGUUGAACCGCCGCCGCCGGCGCUUCUGCAGCAAAGUUGAAGGCUAUGGGAGUGUGUGCAGCUGCAAGGACCCCACUCCCAUUGAGUUCAGCCCUGACCCGCUCCCAGACAAUAAGGUCCUCAACGUACCUGUGGCUGUCAUUGCAGGGAACCGACCCAAUUACCUGUACAGGAUGCUGCGCUCUCUGCUCUCAGCCCAGGGGGUGUCUCCACAGAUGAUCACAGUCUUCAUCGACGGCUACUAUGAGGAACCAAUGGAUGUGGUGGCGCUGUUUGGUCUGAGGGGCAUCCAACACACUCCCAUCAGCAUCAAGAAUGCCCGUGUGUCUCAGCACUACAAGGCCAGCCUCACUGCCACAUUCAACUUGUUUCCGGACGCCAAGUUUGCUGUGGUUUUGGAAGAGGACCUGGACAUUGCUGUAGAUUUUUUCAGUUUCCUGAGUCAAUCCAUCCACCUGCUUGAGGAGGAUGACAGUCUGUACUGCAUCUCUGCCUGGAAUGACCAGGGAUAUGAACACACAGCUGAGGAUCCAGCUCUGCUGUACCGUGUAGAGACCAUGCCUGGCCUGGGCUGGGUACUCAGGAAAUCUUUAUAUAAGGAGGAGCUUGAACCCAAGUGGCCUACACCAGAAAAGCUUUGGGACUGGGACAUGUGGAUGCGGAUGCCCGAGCAACGCCGGGGUCGAGAGUGCAUAAUCCCAGAUGUUUCCCGAUCCUAUCACUUUGGCAUUGUGGGCCUCAACAUGAAUGGCUACUUCCAUGAAGCCUACUUUAAGAAGCACAAGUUUAACACAGUUCCAGGUGUCCAGCUUAGGAACGUGGACAGUCUGAAGAAAGAAGCUUAUGAAGUGGAAAUUCACAGGUUACUCAGUGAGGCUGAGGUUUUGGACCACAGCAAGAACCCCUGUGAUGAUUCCUUCCUACCAGACACAGAGGGCCACACCUACGUGACUUUUAUCCGAAUGGAGAAGGAUGAUGACUUUACCACCUGGACCCAGCUUGCCAAGUGCCUCCAUGUCUGGGACCUGGAUGUGCGUGGCAACCACCGGGGCCUGUGGAGACUAUUUCGGAAGAAGAACCACUUUCUUGUGGUGGGGGUCCCAGCCUCCCCCUACUCAGUGAAGAAGCCACCAUCGGUUACCCCAAUUUUCCUGGAGCCACCCCCAAAGGAGGAGGGAGCCCCAGGAGCUGCUGAACAGACAUGAGGCCUCUUCCAGACCCCUGCAAGGCUGGGUACUGUGUACCCCAGGCAGGCUAGCCCUUCACCUGUCCUGUAGGAUUUUGUAGAGCUGGUAGGGGCUAGGGCUGGUUUGUUUUUAACCUGAGAUUUAAUUACUAACUCCAAGGGGAAGGGUUCCUCUUGCUCCAACACCCCUGUUCCUGCGUUUAAGGUCUAUUUAUUUACUUCCUUGUUGGAGAAGGACAGGAGAAUGCCUGGGAAUGUUUGGGGUCCCUGGGCAGCUGAUCUUGCUCUUUGUAUCCCCUCCUCGCAGACCUGGAUGACACUCUAACCUAUUUAUUGACUGUCCUGAGGGCCUUGGGCAUAGGCUCAACCUGGUGGGCCUUGAUUCCUUUUGGGACUGGGAUGCUGCCCUGAGAGUGGGGCUGGCUCUUUCUUACUCAGGAAACUGCUGUUCCCAACUGACCAACAGGCCCAGUUGGGGCCCAAGUGUUGACACAGACUCACUCAGAGACCCUUAGACACUGGACCAGGCCUCCUCUCAGCCUCCUCUUUGUCCAGAUUUCCAAAGCUGGAUAAGGUGGUUAUUGAUUAAAAAAGGAGAAAACCUCUGGGGA